AUGUCUCCGGGAUCGCGCGACAUGUACCAUCCUCCGCCUGACUCUGCGCGCCGUGCAUCUCAGGGCAGUAGUGGCAGCCCUGACCACGCCCGCUGUGAUAUUCUGUUCGAUGCUGAUAUUGCUUUUUUGAUAGGAUCACACGAAAACUCAGCUCCACCUUCAUUCGGCACUCGCCAAAUGCCUCCACCAUCUCCUCCUCACUCCUACGGCUCGAGAUCACAAUCAGCGAACGCGCCCGCUAAUUCCUUCUUCUCCCGCGAUGCUCCAUCUAGUCAGGCGCCGAGACCAGGCAGUAGCAUGUCUAUAUCAGCCAUGCUAGGAUCGGACGCCGAGCGCCCGGCCCGAGAUACAGGGUCCGCACCGUUUUCGCGGCCAUCCGCAUCCUCCCUGUUCGGCAGUGCGCCUGCACCAGCCUCUGCAGCCAUGUCACCACCGAAUGCACCGGCACGGCCUUUGCCAAUCGAGCAGUCAUUUUUCCGUCGAUCAAAUACACCCGAGAAACCGUUUUCUAAGCCCCAGCAGGGCCGGCCAUACCGAUCUGGGUCGGGCGGAGGAUCGAGUCUACUGGGUGGCGAGCAAACCAGAUACGGGGGAUUCUCACGGGCGCCACAAUCACAGUUUCCUGAAAAGUCGCACUCAACACACCCAUCACCUCAAAUAUCGGCUGCCGAACCUCCCUACAGUGAGCCCCGACGUAUGAGUUUCAGUGGGCCCAUUGCCCGACCGAGCAGUCAGCCACCUAACGCUGAGGCUUCUACGCGGCCGCCCGGGUAUAGCCCACAGUCACGCCCAAAUGCAGGUGUGUCGGACCGAUCUGAGUCUGGACAGCGGGCCUCUCCGGCCUCCUAUGCGGGUCUUGAUCCUCAUGGGCGGGAUCCCCAUGGUCGCUUCGGCAGUCUCUUUGGAGACCGCCGCUCGGAGGAUGUCUCACAGCGCGAUCGAGACCGGGUAUCUCACGGGACCGAACCAAAGGGUUCGUUUAGCGGUUCGGCGAGGUACGGCUCAUCAAUAUAUGGCGAGAGGGAAGCAAUCGAGCGUCACUCGACAGCUUCAAAUUGGGAGCAAGGUCGCUCGCAUCCAUCUUCCCCCGAAAGCAAACGGUUCCCUGCACCGGAAUCUGGAGCUUUUGGGUUUGGUGCCAUCCAGAGCUAUACCAAGUCUUUGGGCUCUCAGCCUGGUGGGAGUCGGCAGCCUCCACUCUCCCUACAAACCGGCCAGGGUCAGCCUUCUCCCUCCCCCCGCGAAUCGCCCUAUACGAACAAACAACCACAACUUGCGCGCAUGGGAUCUAACCCAGUUUCGGCUUCCUCGUCGGGGCCGAACACGAUCGGACUGGGUGCACUUGGAGAAGAAGGUCGGCGUAAAGGAAGUGAAGAGCUCCUGCAGCACCGCAACCUUCUAUCACUAGGUGCAGAUGUUAAACGUGGCGGCCGAGCAUCUCCGCUUCCCCAGGCUGUGCAAGGUGCGCAGGCGCCGUUCAUCAAUCCUUCUGGCGAAGCCGGCAUCAAGAAUGAAUUGGGACGGGUGUUCUCCGGAAUCGGUAGUGGUGUUGGAGGUGUUGGAGGUAUGACAGGAGCACCCAUAGGCAGUGGACCGUCGACGCCGCUCAUUGCCAGCCCCUUCAAGCGUGAUAGCUUGAACGGUCGUCCUGUGAAUGGAGAGGCUGAUGACAAGAUCGCGCGCCCAACAUCUGCCUCGGGCACUAGGAGGGGAAGGAAAUCACGGGAUGAAGAUGAUCAGGUGGAAUUGGAUGGCGCAGAUGUCUCUGGUCGGGCAGCUCGUCGCUCGCGUCACGUUCAUCCACACCAUCACCAUCACCACCACCACCACCACCGUCAUAAGGCGGAAGAGGAAGCUGCCGUUCUCACUGGAUUGCAUCGAUCUCUGUCGUCUGUCAACCCCUUCAACCGUACAUCUACCCCGUCAGAUGCCGCCGCCGGGCAUCAUCACCAUCACCAUCAUCACCACCAUCAUGCGCCUCGACCUGUUGCCGCCGCAUCUCCCAUCCGGGAGCCUCGCACGACCGUGAAUCUCGAGCCUCUUCUAUCGAGCGUGUCUCAUUUACCGCGUCAUCAUCUUGGUUCAACACUCUACAACCCCCGUGUGGGAGUUCCAUCUGUUAGGUCCUCCUCAGAGAGCUCCAAAUUCGGCUACACUUCAACUCCCCAACCUCUUCCUCGAUUUGAGAAUCGUGAAAAUUGCACAUUUACUAUCCGUGUACCGCGUUUCCGCAUAGACUCGACUCGCCGCGAAGAGAUCUGUGCACGACGAGCCCUGUGGGGCACGGGUGUUUACACUGACGACUCAGACCCCGUCGCCGCUGCCAUCCACUCGGGCUACAUCCGGGGUGCCUGGGGCGAGUCUGUCGAUGAGUCCAUGCUUGAUCUGGAAAUCAAGGACAUCUACCAACAUGCGCCGCAGCCCACAGCAGACAAGCGUCCGGAUGGCAAGUCUGACUCUCCGGAGAAAGAGGCUCGCCUGCCGCCUGUCCCUCCCACCGACCAAGACCUACACAUUACACUCCUAAUUUUGCCUCGUCUCGAGAAGUACGACUCGACCGUGAUGUUUGGCGUCAAAUCUCGAAAAUUCGAGGGCCGUCACGAUGGCAUGAGUUUCAAGGUGCAAAGUGUGGAGUGGGUCGAUGACGGGGUUGGGCGCGGCGAGGAGCGAAGCGGCGAAGCCCGACGCAAGCGUUUACGCACUCUGAUGCAGACGGGUCGCAUUUGCACGGGACCAGCCAUAGCGAAGAUGGAUGAGCUGCGCCGAAGCGGAGUGCAAGUUCCCCGGACUAUCGAUGGCCAAGAGCAGCCCACUCCUGUCCAACCGGUCUCUUGA